AUGAAAAUUUCUUUAUUUUUAAAUGCACAUAUAACUUCUAAAAUAAAUAGAAAUUAUAAAAAAAAAAUUUUUUUUAUUGAAAAAAGAGAAAGAAAAUAUAUACCUUUCUAUGAUAUAAAAAAAGAAAAGAAAAAAAGACAAAAAACAGAAGAAGCUGAAAAUAAGGAUGAUGAAGAAAAUAAAAAAAAAAAUGAAGUUUUUUUUACUAAUUUAGUUCCAACAAUUUCCCCGAUGAAAGGACUUAAAUUGUUAUUUAGUUUUAAAAAUAGUAAUGAAAGUUUAUUAGAUAAAAAUGAGAAAAUAAAUUUUAAUUUGAUUAUAAGAAUAGAUAUAAAAAGAGAAUCUUUGAGAGGAAUGUGUAAUUUAGUACAUAGUGUUGAUAAAAAUAAAAAAAUUUUAGUUUUAGUAGAUGAAGAAAAUAAAAAUUUAAAAAAAUACGGUGCUGACUAUGUAGGUUUAGAUUACAUUAAUAAAAUAAAAAACGGAUGGCUUGAUUUCAACAUUUGUAUAACCAAUUUUAAAAAUAUAAAUAAAAUUUUACCUAUAGCUAAAAUAUUAGGACCUAAAAAAUUAAUGCCUAAUAUAAAAUCAGAUACUUUAGUAGAUAAUUUAGAAGAAACGAUAAAAAAAAUAAAAAGUGGAAAUAGAAUCGAAUAUAGAAGUGAACAAGUUGAUAUAAAUACUUUUAAAUUAUAUAAUCAAAUUUAUAAUUUAGAAUCUGUUGAUUUGAAUUCUAUUGCAAAUAUUAAUGUUAAUAUAGCUACAAUGGAUAUGAACCUUUAUCAUAUUUUAGAUAAUAUUAAAAGUUUUGUUACUGAAAUUAUUAAGAAUAAUGUUCAUUCAACUCAUAAUGAUAAAGUAAAUAAGUCUACUUUUACAUGGCCACCAAUUACAUCAAAAAAAAAAAAAAAACUACAAUUGCAAAGUAAUUUAUUUAAUAAAAGUGAAGAAAAUUCAGAAUCUUUUUUACUAGGUGCUUAUAUUACUUUUAAUAAGUUUCCUAAAAUUUUUUUAAAACCAAAUUUAUUAUAUCCUCAUUCAGACGGUUAUUCUAAUUAA